AUGGUUUCAUCUUCAGGAGAGAAUAGGGUCAUUCAUCCUGGACCAGAUGAUCCUUCAUUAUUGCGUUUACAGAAUAUUCAUGUGUCUGAACAUAUUUGGGAUAGUCGGGAUCAUCCUAUUUUGAAGGUUAGGAAGAGUCAAUUUAUUCCACCUGGUUUGGAUGGUGUUCCAGAGGAGAUCCUUCCACAUUUAGAGCUUGCGAGAUUUACUGGGAUUGCUCACUAUGUUACACCUAUUGGAGGUAAUUAUGCUAAUAUUCUUGAGGAGAGCCUAGGGAUUAGACCAUCACGUGCAGAUUUUGUUGGUAGCUUCUUGAAGACAAGUUGGCUAGACCAACAUUUUACCCAUGUGGCAAUGCAUGCACAGAAUCCUUUACACAUCACCCGAUUUGCUAGGGCUUAUAUGUUGCGGUUGAUUGGGGUUAUAUUAUUGAGAUUUUUGUAUAGAGAGCUGUGUAUGGCCACCAACAUUGAUCGGCAUGGUUUAGGUCGAUUAGCUGCAUUACUUGUGAUGUGGUUGGCCAAUCAAAGGAAUAGGAAAGGGAGGAAAGACAUAUCUUAUUAUAGAUAUAAAUUUGACAUGCUUACUGGUGAAGAGAUAAUUUGGCAACCAUAUUCUAUUGAUUUGAUUAAUUCGUUACCAGUUAUAUGUCGUGAGGGGAUGGAGUUGUAG